AUGAUGGGUAGUCCUCUGGAUAACAAAUUCGCCUCUGAUGCUCAUCAUGAAGCUUCCCCAGAGCCAUCAACACCCAAAUGCACAGAUAUGUUCCGAAUUAGUCGCGCUGAGCCGUGGGCUAUCAACACAGGCACCUGGCGCCUAUUCUCAUCCGAGCCCAAGCUGUGCUUCCAAAUAAACCAAAGUUCUUCUUGGAGAGAGGACUCUACGUUCCCAAUAUACAACAUCUGGAGUCCUGCAUACUUCGGAAUCUCGCUACCACAGCCAGACUCGACGUCAUAUAAGCUGAGCUGCAACGACCUUAUUGUGACUAGCUACGAAGACGAUACAGCAUCCCUAAAGGCCAGAGAUACCGGGUCAAUUCCAUUCGAAACGGAGAACGUCGUCGGGGGUAUUGACGUUGACUACCCCGGUUUCCUAUGCUGCAAGUGCUGUUUCACAUAUCGAGGGUGGGUAACCCUGGCUAAAGGCGAGCGCUGGCGACUGGACGAAUUCGAAAUGGGCGAGUAUUACCAGUUCCAGCGCAUACACGAGCGUGUGCUUUACCAGGAUUUCCCAAAGAAGUACCGCAAGAAACUCCAAUGGGAAUGUUAUAGCGACUGGAAGUCGGGAUAUGGAGAGGCCCCGGCGGACUUGCCAUUCAUUAUGGACCAGGACACGCGCGUCUGCCGGGUCAAUGCCGACCCGCACGUGCGAUGGCACUGGGAUGCUUCUAAGCUUGUAGGUCCCGUUGUUGCAAUUAUGAAUCGAGAAGGCCUUGUCUUUGUCGACGGCUUGAAGGGGGCUAAUGAGAUUGAGACUGCAAAUCUUCGAGAAUUGGUUCUGAUGACGGGCCUCACAAUUGCGAAAUAUGAACGCCAUGCAUUGGAAAAAUGA